AUGAGUCGCGAUCCAAUUGAUAUCAUUAUCGGCAUUGACCUUUAUGGUAUGCUCAUCCUCGAUGGCAUUCGUAAAGGCUCAGCCAAUGAGCCCGUAGCUCAAAACACCGCGCUGGGAUGGAUCCUGUUUGGUCCCAUCUCUCCUUCCUUGAACCGUCAUUCACCUGCCUUACCCGUGCAUCAUAGCAACAUUGAGGAUCUCGAUUCCGUGCUUCGGCGAUUCUGGGAAGUAAAAGAACUUCCUCAGAGCCCUCAUCUGACUCUAGAUGAAAUCCGUUGUGAGGAGCACUUUGUCGCGACUCAUUCCCGUACCGAUGAUGGUCGUUAUAUUGUUCGACUUCCGUUUAAAACCAACAAUUCAGUUUCGCUAGGUGAAUCCCGUGCCGGUGCGUUCGCGUGCCUCCAACGUCUUGAAAGGCGUUUCCUUCGUCAGCUGACUUCAGCUUCCGAGUAUAGUAAUUUCCUCGACGAGUAUCGUACCCUUGGUCAUAUGAACCAAAUCCAGAACCCUGCGAGGCCCAGUCUCACUGGUCAAAGCUACUAUAUUCCGCAUCACGCAGUAAUACGAACGUCAAGCGCGACAACACGUUUACGCGUCGUAUUCAACGCAUCAAGCCCAUCUUCGAAUGGCACGUCGUUAAACGACCUUUUACUUGUUGGUCCUAAAUUACAAAUCGAUAUCACAACUGUCUUAUUACAAUGGCGCCAACACCGAUAUGUUUAUAUAGCCGAUAUUGAGAAAAUGUAUCGACAAAUCUUGGUCGAUCCCCGCGAUACAGAUUUUCAACGCAUUCUAUGGCGCGCUUCACCGGAUGUACCUGUCGACGAAUAUCGUUUAAUGACUGUUACUUACGGAACCGCCGCAGCACCCUACCUCGCCCUUCGCGUACUUAAGCAGCUCACUGAGGAUGAGGGAUCACAUUUCCCACUCGCAGUGCCGAUAUUAAAUUCACAAAUUUAUGUAGACGAUUGCAUUUUCGGAGCUGACGAUAAAACUCUUGCGCGGGAGACUCGUAAUCAAUUAAUCGCUUUAUUGUCUAAGGGCGGCUUUCGGUUGAGAAAAUGGGCAAGCAAUUGCGACGACCUCUUAACCGACCUCGAUCCUUCAGAUCACGGUCUAGUUAACACUCAGAUGCUCACCGGCGACGAGCAACUUAAAGUUCUCGGCCUUGCCUGGAACCCGAUGUCAGAUGUCUUCUAUUUCCAAGUAAAUCUUGAUCAAGAGUUGUCGAAAACCAAACGUGCUAUCUUGUCAACGAUCUCGAAAUUAUUCGAUCCAUUAGGCUGGGCGGCACCCAUCGUCAUAACAGCAAAAAUUUUUAUGCGACAAUUGUGGUUACUUAAACGCCAAUGGGAUGAGGAGAUUCCGGAUGAUUAUUUUGCACAGUGGCAAAAUUAUCAUGAGAGGCUCCAAAAUCUCGACCAUCUUCGAAUUCCCCGUUGGACAGCAAACAGCGCUGCCACGGUAUCACGAGUGCUUCACGGAUUUUCGGAUGCCUCAACAAAGGCGUAUGCCGCUACCGUGUAUCUCCGUCUUGUUUCAAACGACGGUUCCGUUACCGUCAUGCUUCUGAUGGCGAAGGCCAAGGUUACUCCUCUCAAAACAUUAAGCAUUCCGCGUCUUGAAUUAUCGGCCGCGUUAUUGUUGGCUCGACUUAUACACGUAGUACAAUCGACCCUUGAUCUCUCGGCGAGCAAAUGUUUUUGCUGGACAGAUUCAACAAUCACACUCGCUUAG